UAUGGAGGUGGAGUUGAAGUCGAGGCGGCCACGUGCACAAAGAUCGAGCUGGGCCGUUAUGGAUGCCUCAAAUGUAACCCAUCCGUAGGCCGGACCAAAUCAGCCCAAUCUCUCUGAAACCCCCCCGGCUGAGCUCUCCCUCGCUCUCUCUUUGCUCAGAAUGGCCGGAUUUAAGCUGCCGCCGGAGGAUCCUGACCUGUCCCAAUAUCGAGCAAUGGCUACCGGCGAUCUGGUCUCCGACGACGACCGGUCCGUGGCGGCCGACUCUUGGUCGAUAAAGAGCGAGUACGGCAGCAUUUUGGACGACGAACAACGCCACGCGGACGCCGCCGAGGCGCUCUCCGUCGCCAACUUCCGCGCGGCUUCAGAUGACAGUUCUGACAAGGAGGAACCGGAUGGUGAAGCGGUGCAAUCAAUGCUAGGCUUUCAAAGUUAUUGGGAUGCAACAUAUGCCGAUGAAUUGGCAAAUUUCCAUGAGCAUGGUCAUACUGGUGAAGUUUGGUUUGGAGCUGAUGUCAUGGACACUGUUGCUUCUUGGACCAAAAGCUUGUGCAUUGACAUUUCUCUAGGCCACUUCCCAAGUCAUGUUGAUGAUGUCAAGCUGGAGCCUAUUGAACAAGAUGUUAAAGAUUUGUCUAGUUGGAGUGUACUGGAUGUUGGGACCGGUAAUGGUCUGCUUCUUCAAGAACUUUCUAAGCAAGGGUUCUCUGAUCUAACUGGCACUGAUUAUAGUGAAGGGGCAAUUAAUCUUGCCCAAAGUCUUGCAGAUCAUGCUGGAUUUACUAACAUUAAAUUUCUGGUCGAUGAUGUUCUUGAGACAAAGUUAGCCAGGCAGUUUCGACUUGUUUUGGACAAGGGGACUUUAGAUGCUGUUGGACUGCAUCCAGAUGGCCCCAUCAAAAGGAUCAUGUAUUGGGAUUCAGUCUCAAGGUUGGUGGCUCCAGGUGGACUGUUGGUGAUUACUUCAUGUAACAACACAAAAGAUGAAUUGGUGCAGGAAGUUGAUAGUUACAAUCAAAGAAAAAUCGGUGCCUCACAGGAACCUGAGACACCCAAGGACCAAGGAGUGACAAGAGAUUCUCCCCCAUUCCGAUACGUCGAUCAUGUGCGCUCAUAUCCCACAUUCAUGUUUGCAGGAUCGGUUGGGUCGCGUGUUGCCACUGUAGCAUUUCUCCGUAGCUGUAAUCAGUAUCUUUCUUUCCCAGCUUAAAAUCCAACGAUUUCAUUUUGAUUUUAAAGCAUAUGAGUACGUCUGCGCUUAUGUGAGAGAAGAGAGCAAAACUCAAGUGAAAGUAUCACAUACAGAUGUCACAACAAAUUUAUGGGACGUCUUGGACUCUUUGUAGAGAUGAUUGCUUGUUAAAGCUUUUCAAGACUUGUUUUGUUGUGGAAAA